AUGGAGAGAGGAUCUCAACAGCCUUGUGCUUACCUGAUGAGCUUUCCAGGGAAACUGCCCCGUGAAAUGCUCCCCUCUUGUGACAACAAGCCUGAACAACCAAAUGCAGCUACAUUUGGGUGCGAGAAGCUGUGCCGGGCCCAGCAGGAGCUGCACUUCCAGGCCGCCACCUACCUGUGCCUGCUCCGCAGUGUCCGCGAGCACGAGGCCCUGCACCGCGAGUACCACGGCAGGGGCGAGCGCUCGCCCGAGGAGGUCGCCGGGCUGGUGGGCUUCAGGCUGCCCCAGCAGCCGGGGGGGAAAGGCUGACAUGGGUCUGCUGUGUAAACUCAUUAUUCCUCAAUAAAUAUCCUACGGCUACCGGAACAGGC